GCGACAGCGAGAGUCAGUCGACAAAGCAUCCCAGAGACAAGCCAUCAUGGCGCCAUCAGCACUUGUGAAAGAGGAAGGCGCAUCCACAGCCAAGCGCAAAGCCGAGUCGCCGUCGGAAUCCGUCUCGGACAGCAAGCGCUUCAAGGCGUCGACGUCGCCCACCCCCACCCUCGAACACGACACAGGAGACGCCGUACAGUCGAGUGCUCCACGCGUCGUGCCCUUCCCCGAGAAACCUGCCGUCAUCGAGGAGCGCAAUGGCGAGAUUGAGUUCCGCGCCGUCAACAACGAUGGCGACCGCGAGAGCUACAUCAUCCUGACGGGCCUGAAAUGUAUCUUCCAGAAACAACUGCCUAAGAUGCCCAAGGACUACAUCGCCAGGCUCGUCUACGACCGCACCCAUCUCUCCAUGGCCAUCGUCAAGAAGCCUCUCGAGGUUGUGGGAGGCAUCACAUACCGCCCCUUCAAGGGCCGUCAGUUCGCCGAAAUCGUCUUCUGCGCUAUAAGCAGCGAUCAGCAAGUCAAAGGUUACGGCGCACAUCUCAUGUCGCAUCUGAAAGACUACGUCAAGGCCACCUCGGACGUCAUGCACUUCCUGACCUACGCCGACAACUACGCCAUCGGCUACUUCAAAAAGCAGGGCUUCACAAAGGAAAUCACCCUCGAACGUCCGCGCUGGAUGGGCUACAUCAAGGAUUACGAAGGCGGUACAAUCAUGCAGUGCAGCAUGCUCCCCAAGAUCCGCUAUCUUGAGUCGGGCCGCCUUCUUCUUAAGCAAAAGGCUGCAGUCCACGCAAAGAUCAAGGCCGUCUCAAAGUCCUUCGAAGUCCACCCCCCACCCACGCAAUGGAAAGGUUUGAAGAAGGGUGACUCACUGCCAUCCAUUGAUCCUCUCACCAUUGCCGCAAUAAAGGAGACAGGCUGGAGUUUGGACAUGGACGCUCUGGCCCGCCAACCCCGCCACAACCCCAACCACUCUCAGCUCAUGCACCUGCUUUCCGCCCUUCAAAACAGCACCCACGCGUGGCCUUUCCUCCAGCCCGUCAACAAAGACGAGGUUCUGGAUUACUACGAAGUCAUCAAACAACCAAUGGACCUCAGCACAAUGGAACAAAAACUCGAAAACGACGCAUACGAGACUCCCGAAGACUUUAUCAGAGACGCCACCCUCAUCUGUGUCAACUGCCGACGCUACAAUGCCGAACAAACUCCAUACCACAAAGCUGCCAUCAAGUUGGAAAAAGAGCUGUGGAAGAAGGUCAAGGAUGUGCCCGAAUGGAGUUACAUCGAGCAGGAGCAUUUUGCAAAGGUUGGCAAAUAGAACGAUGGUGAUGUAGUCUUGUGUGUUUUGCUGGCGUUUCUGUAUACUGGCGUUCUGGCUUCUUCCUUUCCUACUGCGAUACCCCUUGUUUUGUUUUCUUCUUUCUCCUUCGUCAUGAACACAACAAAGAUAUGAAAACUUUAUUGCUCUGACUUCUUCAUGCCGUUCGUUCAUUUGUUUUUCCAUCCUAAUAAUCCUGCCCUUUCACGAUCUGGAAGGUGUUGCGUUCUGACGGGCACUAUUGUAUCGAUACACCGCUGUCGAGAUACUCUUAGAGGUUAUGGAGCCUAAUGAUCAUGUGUGCGAGUUCCAGCUGGCCCCCGAUAAAAGACGCCAGCGCUCUUCUAGACAUGUAUGAGCUCGAUACUGCACUCAAUAGCACCUCCUCCAC